AUGUCGCUUGGAUACCAGCCUCCAAAAUUUCAGCAAUUCGACGGAAAGGACAAUCCAAAGCAACACAUUGCUCACUUUGUUGAAACAUGUGAGAACGCAGGAUCAAGAGGAAACCAACUAGUCAAGCAAUUUGUUCGAAGCUUAAAAGGAAAUGCUUUCGAGUGGUAUACUGAUCUAGAGCCAGAAGUCAUUGACAAUUGGGAACAACUGGAAAAGGAAUUCCUCAACCGUUUCUACAGCACCAGAUGCACUGGAAUAAAACCCCAUACAUUUGAAGAAUUAGCAACUCGCGCCCAUGACAUGGAAUUGAGCAUCACUAAAGAUUUCUUAAUCUAUGAAGUAAAAAAGGGAAAUAAUGAAAUCAACGAAACUACAAAUAUCACAAAUAGUGUCAUUAAUGAGUCUAUGGUUGUUCAUGAGUCUCCAUUGAAAUCUUUCUCCAAAAGAAAAGAAACAAAAGUAGAAAGAAAGCAUGAUGGUAAAGAGAAGCAUUGGCCAACACUUAAAGAAAGGCAGGAAAAAGUUUAUUCAUUUCCUGACUCUGAUGUUGCAGACAUGUUAGAGCAGCUGCUAGACAAACAACUUAUUCAGCUGCCAGAAUGCAAACGACCGGAACAAGCAAGAAAAGUAGAUGAUCCUAACUACUGUAAGUACCAUCGGGUCAUUAGUCACCCUGUUGGAAAAUGUUUCGUGUUGAAGGAGCUUAUUCUAAAGUUGGCUCAUGAAAAGAAAAUCGAGUUAGAUAUGGAUGAAGUAGCUCAGACAAAUCAUAUUGCAGUUGAGACGACUUCAAGUGCUCUGCCAUCAACGCUGCCUUAUGAUCAAUGGAAAAACUUGAUUCAGUUUGGGACUCUCGAACCUAUACUUGUUUGA